GAGAUGAGUGUUUCCGUUGUAAUGUGUAUUAAUUUCAAUCAUUUAAUUUUAUCCCAACAGAACAACACCUGGUAUUUUCAACCAAACAAUAACACCUAUUAUAAAGGGUGAGUAUGUGUGUUUAUGUAAAUGUAGCUACAUUUAUAUCCUGCUGGGGGAGACACAAGUAAAGAACCAAUAAAAUUAAGAGCAAAGGGAAUAGUUGCUAGAUGAAUAGAUAAGCCAAAUAUUUUGGUUGAGAAAAGAUGGACAAGUAGAAAUGUUUUAAAUAUUAUUGAUGAAGUGAAAUAGUAAGGUUGUGAAAAGACAAUGGUAGUAAUAUAUUUAAUUCGCAUAAAAGAGAUUGGGAAACACUUUAAAUACUGGCAGUCUGAGGUUGGCUCUGUCCUAGCCUGCACUGUUAGUGAAAAAUUACUCAAAUUAACCAGCAACAACCUUGCAAACACAACCUCCUAUGCCAUAAAGAUUUAUUAGUAUAGGUGAAGCACUAUUAGUUAAAAAAAAACAACCCCAUUGAAAUUAAUUAUCCUCCCUGCAGUUUGACCUCGGCGUGACCCUGGAAGCAGUGAUGUCACAGCAGGCCCACAGCGAGCACCUGUUGGAGCAGCUGCGUUGGCAGCGGGAAAGCAACGUUCUGUGUGACAUCACGGUCGUUGUGGGCGACACACUGUUCAGAGCGCACCGUAAUGUCCUGGCGGCGUUCAGCGGGUUCUUCUCGGCACUGCCUGACAGAGGUCACCGGGUCACGACCCUUAACCCUGAGUUUGUCAGUGAGCAGGCCCUGGACAUCCUGCUGAAAUACAUCUAUACUGGAGAACUACACACUGACAGGUAGGUACAUCACUACACUGGUGUGUACAAGGCUAAUUUAGCAAUAGUUGUGGAAACACUUCACCAAAUCAAAAGGUGUGUAAGCUCCCUUAUUCACUACUUCCCCUGAAUAAUACUACUACACCACCAUAUUAGUGUCACAAUAACUAUGUAUAAUACAGUAUUGUUGUUCAUCUGUUGUUAUUGCUCUCUUGUUUAUGUGUGGUUGACGAUAACAGUGAGGGGUCGGAGGCUGUGCUGAGAGCGGCGGUAUUCCUGGGGAUGAGGGAGGCAGAGCGUCUCCUGAAAGACAAGACAGACAGCCAACAGGAGACGAGGAUAGAGUCAGCCCCACCCACCCCCUCCGCUCCCUCACCCCCCUCCCCUCUCUUACCCCCCAGCCCAGAGGCAAUCAAACCUCUGUCUGGAGUGGGGUCGGUAGAGAAGGAUGAGGAGAGGGAAGAUCCAGAGUACACCCCUCCCUCUCCAAGCCCCCCAACAUCCCCCCGAAGAGGAGCCAGGAAGAGGAAGGGGAGAAAGCCCAAGGCCUCACCUAGAAACCAGACCUCACCUAGAAACCAAACCUUGCCAAGUAGCCAAACAUCAGCUAGCCAUGAUGACAUCCCAGAUGACGCAAAAGUCACCCAGCCUCAGAGGGGUAGGGGGAGAGGCAGGGGGAGAGGGAGGGGGAGAGGGAGAGGGAGAGGAAGGGGUAGGGAUCUGUCGUUAGAAGAGUCAGACCUUCAGAUCGUCGAGGAGAACCAGUCAGACCUCAGCCCAUCGUCACUGAAACUUGUCAAGAGGAAGAGGAGGAGCAGUGGAGAGAGGAGAGGAGGAAAGAGAGGGAGGGGCAGAGGAAGAGGGAAACUGAAGGAGAACCGAUCAAGCGAUGGAGAGGGGGAUGAGGGAGAGAGGGGGAGGGAGGGAGAUGAGGAGGGGAAGGCUGGGUUGAAGAGCCAGCAGGUGAAAGAGAAGCCAGUGUGUGCUGAGUGUAACAAAGAGUUUUCUGAGAUCAGUAGUCUGAGGAGACACAUGAGGAUCCAUAAAGGAGUAAAACCUUUCCAGUGUCUCUUCUGUCCCCGAGCUUUCACACAAGGAAACCAGCUCAAGACUCACCUCCGUAUACACACAGGUGAGACACACAAAUACACACCAAGCAUACACACAGGUGACACCCUAACUCUCUCUCUGCCUUUCUAGGAGAGAAGCCAUUUGGAUGUUCUCAGUGUGACAAGGGUUUUGCCCAGAAGUGUCAGUUGGUGGCUCACCGUCGAAUGUACCACGGAGAAGAGAAACCUUACACCUGUGAACAAUGUGGGCUGCAGUUCGCUACCUCAUCUAACUACAAGAUACACAGCAGGUAGGAUGGUGUGGAGAGAAGACCUAUUUGUGUUUAUCUAUCUAACUGUGUGUGUGUCCAUGUGUGUGUCCAUAUAGGAAGCACAGUGGAGAGAAGCCGUAUGUGUGUGAACAGUGUGGUAAGGGUUUUGCCCAGGCCAGUACUCUUACCUAUCACAUGAGGAUCCACACAGGAGAGAAACCUUACCAAUGUGACGCCUGUGGGAUGGCCUUCUCCGUCUCUUCCUCUCUCAUCACACACAAACGCAAACACACAGGUAACACACUCACGCAAAGAGAAAUUACCAGUGAAAUUAGACUUGACGGUGUGUGUGUGUGUGUGUGUGAGCAUGUCUUCUCUGACGUGUGGUUGUCUGUGUGUUUUCCAGGUGAAGCUCCACACGAGUGUCUGGUGUGUCAGAGGGCCUUCAUUACCAAACGAGAACUCAACAAACACUCUCGCAUCCACACCGGUGAGUCUACGUAACGCACACACACACACACACACACACACACACGUUAAAACCAACUACUUUGACUUCAUGAAAAUAUCAAAUCAACGUUUAUUGGUCACGUGCACUGGUUACAGGGUGUAACACUGGUUACAGGGUGUAAACGGUACAGUGAAAUGCUUAGUUGCAAGCUCUCAAAUACACAAGUUAUAUAUAAAAAAAAAAAAAUAGUAAUGUUUGCAAUAUAUCACAGUAAGAGUAUACAGUAUAGACUAUGAAGUGUGCUAAAGUGAGUAGUGACAUGGUUGAGCAGCUUAGAUAAAUACAUAGUAACAGAAACAGAGUGAGUGUGUGACUGACAAGUGCCAAGUUUCUAGCUGUCAAAUCCCUUACUGUCUGUUAGUUGUCGGUAGAUCUACUGUGUUCUAGAAGGGUUUCUGCCCAGGAGUGGAGAGAGAGAGAGAGAGGAGGAAACACAGGUUGGAGAGAGAGAGGAGGAAGAGGAGAGAGAUGUGUAGGUAAAGAACAGAGGAUGGAGAAGAAGGCAUGCUAUAAAAGUAGAAGGUCGACUGAUAAAGGACUUUAUAUGGAGAUUAUAGAUGGGGCCCUUUGCUUUUCAUGACCAUGUGACUUGACCAGGAAAAGACUCCUGGCCCUAGUUGUAGAGCAUGAGGAGAGAUGUGCGGUGUGUGUGUGUGUGUGUGUGUGUAGGUGGAGGGCCAGCUGUUAAGCAGCGUGUGACAUGUGAGCUGUGUGGAAACACCUACGCUGGCAUGAGCAGCCUGAAGAAACACCAAGAGAGACAACACUUAGGUGAGAUUCUGUCUCUGUGUCUUCUAUCCUUUUACCAUCUACACUGUCUUGCAAAAGUAUUCAGACCCCUUGGAUUUCUUCACAUUUUAUUGUGUUACAAAGUGGGAUUAAAAUGUUUUUUUUUAAUGAAUAAAUUGUCAACAAUCUACACAAAAUACAGUAUUUAUUUAUUUAUUUUUAUUAAUAGAAAUGUAAUAACUAAAAUAUAGUCUUUGCAUACCUAUUCAGCUCCCUGAGUUAAUACAUGUUAUAAACACCUUUGGCAGCGAUUACAGCUGUGAGUCUUUUUGGGUAUGACGCUACAAGCUUGGCAGACCUGUAUUUGGGGAGUUUCUCCCAUUCUUCUCAAGCUCUGUCAGGUUGGAUGGGGAGCGUCGCUACACAGCUAUUUUCAGGUCUCUCCAGAGGUGUUCGAUCGGGUUCAAGUCCGGGCUCUGGCUGGGCCACUCAAGGACAUUCAGAGACUUGUCCCGAGGCCAUUCCUGCGUAGUCUUGGCUGUGUGCUUAGGGUCAUUGUCCUGUUGGAAGGUGAACCUUCGCCCCAGUCUGAGGUCCUGAGCGCUCUGGAGCAGGUUUUCAUCAAGGAUCUCUGUACUUUGCUCUGUUCAUCUUUCCCUUAAUCCUAUCUCCCAGUCCCUGCUGCUGAAAAACAUCCCCACAGCAUAAUGCUGCCACCCAUGCUUCACUGUAGGGAUGGUGCCAGGUUUCCUCCAGACGUGACGCUUGGCAUUCAGGCCAAAGAGUUCAAUCUUGGUUUCAUCAGACCAGAGAAUCUUGUUUCUCAUGGUUGGCAAACUUCAAGCGGGCUGUCAUGUGCCUUUUUACUGAGGAGUGGCUUCCGUCUGGCCACUCUACAAUAAAGGCCUGAUUGGUGGAGUGCUGCAGAGAUGGUUGUCCUUCUGGAAGGUUCUUCCAUCUCCACAGAGGAACUCUAGAGCUCAGUCAGAGUGACCAUUGGGUUCUUGGUCACCUCCCUGACCAAGGCCCUUCUCCCCCGAUUGCUCAGUUUGGCUGGGCAGCCAGCUCUAGGAAGAGUCUUGGUGGUUCCAAACUUCUUCCAUUUAAGAAUUAUGGAGGCCGCUGUGUUCUUGGGGACCUUCAAUGCUGCAGAAAUGUUUUGGUACCCUUCCCCAGAUCUGUGCCUCGACACAAUCCUGUCUCUGAGCUCUACGGACAAUUCCUUCGACCUCAUGGCUUGGUUUUUGCUCUGACAUGCAUUGUCAACUGUGGGACCUUUUAUAUAGACAGGUGUGUACCUUUUUCAAAUCAUGUCCAAUCAAUUGAAUUUACCCCAGGUGGACUCCCAAGUUGUAGAAAUAUCUCAAGGAUGAUCAAUGGAAACAGGAUGCACCUGAGCUCAAUUUCGAGUCUCAUAGCAAAGGGUCUGAAUACUUAUGUAAAUAAGGUAUGGGGUAUUGUGUUUAGAUUGAAGAGGGAAAAACAUGUAUUUAAUCCAUUUUAGAAUAAGGCUGUAACGUAACAAUAUACGGAAAAAGUCAAAGGGUCUGAAUACUUUCCGAAUGCACUGUAUGUAUGGGGGACAGAGGAAGGGUUAGUCAUUUAAAAACCAUGUCAACCCCUAUUAUUUCACACAGUCCAUAUAACUUAAUAUGUGAUUUGUUAAGCCAAAUUCUACUUCUGAACUAAUUUAGGUUUGCCUAAACAAAGGGUCUGAAUACUUAUGCAACAACUAUAUUUAAGUUAUACAUUUUUUAUUUAUAAAACACAAUAUUUUUCUUCCACUUGACAUUACAGAGUAUUUUGUGUAGAUUGUUGACAAAAAAUGACAAUGAAAUCUAUUUUAAUCCCACUUUGUAACACAAUAAAAUGUGAAGAAAUCCAAGGGGUCUGAAUACUUUUGCAAGGCACUGUAUUAUGUUAAAAGAUGUGUUAAGAUUUUGUAUAAUGUCAGCUAAUAGUGCUCACGAGGCAAAACGGGCCCCCGAAAAUUGUUUGCUAUUGUGUACGUCAUCCAUUUUGUAUGAUAUGUUACGUCCUGCAAUUCACAGGAUAUGUUACGAAUUCGUAAGUGCUUAAGAUCCCGUUCAGUCUCUUUAACGUGUGUAUGUUCCUGUGUGUUCUCCAGCUCCAGUGGCUGUUCCAGAAGGUGUUCUCCUCCACAACAUUCCUAUUGACCACCAGGGAAUGAUCUCCCGCGAUGCGCCCAGCCCUGUGCCUGAGGAACCAGACAACCCUAACCCUGACCCCGAGGAACCAGACAACCCUGACCCUGAGGAACCAGACAACCCUGACCCUGAGGAACCAGACAACCCUGACACCGAUUACAACCCUGACCCCGAGGAACCGGACAACCCUGAGCCUGUGACCCCUAACUUGAGCCCUAACCCUCUCCGUGUUCUAGUGGAGCAGCUGCAUACAUCUUCCCUCUCCUUCUCUUCCCCAGCCUCGCCUGCCGAAAAUAUGGAGCAGAUCAUCAUCAUUAGAACUUUGGACAACGACCUCUGCCCUGACUUGACCAACUCUGACCCCUCACUCUAA